GCGGCGGCGGCGGCUGGGCGGGCGGGCAGUUCCGGGCGCGCGGCGACCGUUGGGCCUGGCGUUCUUGGGGGACGCGACACCCAUGGCUGCAGCCAGCGUGACCCCUCCCGGCUCCCUGGACGUGCUGCAGCCCGGCUUCUCCACAGCCCUGCUGGGGACCAAGCUAGAGGACAAGUACCUGUGCUCGGCCUGCAAGAACGUCCUGCGCAGGCCCUUCCAGGCCCAGUGCGGCCACCGCUACUGCUCCUUCUGCCUGAGCAGCAUCCUCAGCUCCGGGCCCCAGAACUGCGCUGCCUGUGUGCACGAGGGCAUCUACGAAGAAGGCGCUUCCCUCUUAGAGAGUAGCUCGGCUUUCCCCGACAACGCUGCCCGCAGGGAGGUGGAGAGCCUGCCCGCCAUCUGCUCCAACGACGGCUGUGCCUGGAAGGGGACCCUCAAGGAGUACGAGAGCUGCCACGAAGGCCUCUGCCCGUUCCUGCUGACCGAGUGCCCGGCAUGCAAAGGCCUGGUCCGCCUCGGCGAGAAGGAGCGCCACGAGGAGCAGGAGUGCCCCGAGAGGAGCCUCAGCUGCCAGCACUGCCGGGCCGCCUGCUGCUGGGCCGACGUGAAGGCGCACCAGGAGGUCUGCCCCAAGUUCCCCGUGACCUGCGCGGGCUGCGGCCAGGUGACCCCUCGCGAGAAAUUCCAGGACCACCUCAGGAUGUGCGGCAAGUGCCCGGCGCCCUGCCGGUUCCAUGACGUCGGCUGCCUGGAGAUGGUGGAGAGCGGGGCGCAGCCGGAGCACGAGCUGCAGCGGCUGCGCGAGCACCUGGCCUUGCUGCUGCGCGCGCUGCUGGAGGCCGGCCCCCCGGGCGCGGCGGGCGGCGGCGGGGAGCCCCGGGCGGCCGGGCUGCUGCAGCGGUGCGCGGCCCUGGAGAGGACGACGGCCACCUUCGAGAACAUCGUCUGCGUGCUGAACCGCGAGGUGGAGCGGGCGGCCGUGACUGCCGAGGCCUGCGGCCGGCAGCACCGGCUGGACCAGGACAGGAUCAAGGCCCUGAGUAACAAGGUGCAGCAGCUGGAGAGGAGCAUCGGCCUGAAGGACCUGGCAAUGGCCGACCUGGAGCAGAAGGUGCAUGAGAUGGAGGCAUCCACCUUCGACGGUGUGUUCAUCUGGAAGAUCUCCGACUUCGCCAGGAAGCGCCAGGAGGCUGUGGCCGGUCGCACCCCUGCCAUCUUCUCGCCAGCCUUCUACACCAGCAGGUAUGGCUACAAGAUGUGCCUGCGCGUGUACCUCAACGGGGAUGGCACCGGGCGUGGCACACACCUGUCCCUCUUCUUCGUGGUGAUGAAGGGCCCCCAUGACGCCCUCCUUCGCUGGCCCUUCAACCAAAAGGUGACCCUCAUGCUGCUUGACCAGAACAACCGGGAGCACGUGAUCGACGCCUUCAGACCCGACGUGACCUCCUCCUCCUUCCAGAGGCCCGUCAGUGACAUGAACAUUGCGAGCGGCUGCCCCCUCUUCUGCCCCGUCUCCAAGAUGGAGGCCAAGAACUCGUACGUGCGCGACGACGCCAUCUUCAUCAAGGCCAUCGUGGACCUGACGGGGCUCUAGCACCUCCCUGGGGCCAGACCGCACCACAUCUGUCCCCAGGAGAGCCUCGGGGGCUCAGCCCAGGUCCUGCUGGGCCGGGGCCUGGAGAGCCCACAGGCCACCGGUGUGUGCUGGGGGCCUGGCCAGGCGGCCGGAGCCCAGGGCCAGGCGCAGAGGGCAGGCGGGCUGCAUGGGAGUCGCCCGCGAGGGGCGCAGGCCUGUCCCGCCCUUGGGCCCUGGAGACAAGGAGUGUGGGGCCUGGCCUGGCUCUGCGGGGACCUGCUGUGCCAGCCUGGCCAGGCCAGCAGGGGGCGACGGCUCGUCCUGAGCGUCCACCGUGCCCGUGGCGUGUGCGGGCCUCGGCCGGCCUCCCCGACACGUGUCGCUGGCCCGUGAGGCGGGGAGUCAUUAAAUGGUUGAACCUGUG